AAGAGUCAUGGUCACUCCGUUCCACCUGUCUGCCCGCCCCCCUCGUAUCAUGGUGAAUGUCAUCCUAAUUUUAUCAGGAAAGCGCAGUACAGCUUUAGCUGGGAUUGGGGACCUGCGAUGCCUACUAUGGGCAUAUCGAAGGCUAUCCAAAUUGUCGCAUUCAACGACUUUUUCUUGGAAGACUUUACAUGGAUCACUGAACGAACUGAGGACUCGUGGCUGGUUCGCGGAGAUUUGAAGGUUUUUACUGAUGGAAAGUCCGGUGAUGUCGACUACGUGGUUAAUAUUGACGAGCUCCAAGUGAGCGAUGGUGCAAGUUACUCCAUCAAGCCAAGGACCGAAGCGGUCCUUUUGCCUUUUAAACUCCGGAUACCUCGAGACAAAGUGGAGCAGUGGUGGCCGAAUGUAAUCACGCACUAUAUCGGCUUCCGUCACGUGGAGCUCAUUCAGGACUACGUCGAUCAGCAGCAGAAGGCCAAAGGACGACAUUUCUACGUGAAGAUCAACGACCGUCCAGUUUUCCUCAAAGGAUCGAACUGGAUACCGAUAUCCAUGUUCCUAACCCAAAAUAACACUGAACGGAUGGAAUUUCUGCUAGAUUCUAUGAUAGAGACAGGUAUGAAUACGUUACGGGUCUGGGGUGGUGGUGUGUACGAGUCGGAAGAAUUUUAUCAGUAUGCUGAUUCGAAAGGGAUCUUAUUGUGGCAGGACUUGAUGUUUGCAUGUGCCCUCUAUCCAACGAAUGAGGACUUUUUGAAAAGCGUUGAAACUGAAGUCCACCAACAGAUAUGGCGAAUAAAGCGUCAUCCAUCAAUUUUAUUAUGGGCAGGAAACAAUGAAAAUGAAAUAGCUAUCAGAUCACAUUGGUGGACAGUCGAGAACUACACAGAAAAGGACCAAGUAAAAGAUUAUGUACGCCUUUAUAGCGGAGUUGUAAGGCCUCUUGUUGAAGCUGCAGAUCCAUCAAGACCUUUUCUGUUGUCAAGUCCUAGUAAUGGACAAGAGACUGAAGAGGAAGGAGGUGUAUCGGCAGAUCCUGGCAAUCCGCGCUAUGGCGAUAUUCAUUUCUACAACGAUUUCAUCAAUCUAUGGCGUGAUAACGCCUACUUGACACCGCGGUGCGCGACGGAGUUUGGAGUGCAGAGUCUACCGUUUGCAGCCACUAUGUUGUCAAAUAUCAAUAACUCUGAAUGGUUCUACUCAUCAGAACAACUGCUACAUCGCCAGCACAAACCAGCUGGUGUACUGACUAAUCUGUUAAUGGUGUUCAGCCAUUUUCCGAUACCAUUCCAAUGCCCUCAAUCACUUGUCGACCUACAUCAUUGCGAGUAUUUAAAGUCACCGAUGUUUAUCGAUCGAUAUGCAUUCUUUUCGCAGGCUAAUCAGGCGACUACGUAUAAAAUCCAAACUGAACAUUAUAGAAGGUUGGAGCUGUGA